AUGCGCGAGUCAUUGUACUAUGGCGCAGUUUGGACUGCUCUUGCCAGCAUUGCGGCUGCCGAUGCUCCAUCGGCUGAGCAAUGGGCCGAAAGAUCGAUUUAUCAAAUCAUGACGGAUCGCUUUGCGCGCCCAAAGGGGUCCUCUGAUGCCGCUUGUGACCCUUUCAAGUACUGUGGAGGGUCGUGGGCUGGCAUCAUUGAAAAGCUGGAUUACAUCCAAGACCUGGGUUUUACGGCGAUCCAGAUCUCGCCGGUGGUCGAGAAUAUCCCGGACGACACCAAAUACGGCGAAGCGUAUCACGGGUACUGGCCAAGGAACCUCUAUGCGCUCAAUGACCACUUUGGCACAGAUGGAGACCUUCGCAGCUUGGCGAGCGAGCUUCACAAACGAGACAUGUACCUGAUGGUCGAUGUUGUGAUCAACGACAUGGCUCAGGCCAUCAACGGCUCGAUGGAUGACCAUCCGCAGCCCAAGAUUGACUAUUCUCAGCUCAUCCCUUUCAACGAUGAAAAAUACUACCACCCCUACUGUAGCAUCACUGACUGGAAUAACCCUGCGAUCUAUCAGGGUUGCUGGUUUGGAUCGGACGUGGUCGCUCUGCCAGACCUGAAGACGGAGGACAAGGAGGUCGAGACGAUGAUCCAGACAUGGGUCAAGGAGCUCGUCAGUAAUUAUUCGAUAGACGGUCUGCGCAUCGAUGCUACCAAGCACAUGAACGACGAAUAUGUCAUCGGCUUCUCCAAAGCGGCAGGAGUCUUCACAAUGGGUGAGGUGUAUACCGAGGACACGGAUCUCGUUUGCAAAUACGAAGACAUGGUCACUGGUCUUUUGAACUAUCCCGUCUACCAACCUGUUGUUCAAGCCUUUACAGCAGGCGACAUGCUCCGACUUGCUGAGAGUGUCCGGACGGUCGAGAAGAAAUGCAAGGAUUUCACGCGGUUGGCGACUUUCGUGGAGAACCAUGAUAUCACUCGCUUUGCGUCUCUGGUCAAUGACACGACACUGGCAAAGAACGCGAUGGCUUUCAAUAUUCUCGCGGAUGGCAUUCCAAUCAUUUACCAAGGUCAAGAGCAGCAUAUGGCCGGUAACUUCUCGCCAUACAACCGGGAAGCCCUCUGGACGACAGAAUACGACACCAAGGGGCCCCUGUACGGCCUGACCGCAACGCUCAACAAGCUCCGGAACCAUGCCAUCAGCAUCGACAACCAUUACGUGACCAACCACAGCAUUGAGCUGUACCUCGACAACUCGACCUAUGCCACCAGAAAGGGACCGGAAGGGGUUCAAGUCGUCUCCGUUUUCUCAAACCAAGGCUCGAAAGGCGGCAAGUACGACCUUACGCUGAAAGACGCUUUUGCUCCCAACACGGAAGUCAUGGAGGUCCUGGGCUGCUCCAAGCUCACGGCCAACGAUGCCGGCAAUCUCACUGUCAAGAUGGACGCCGGAGAGCCCAAGGUCUUCUUCCCUACGUCACAUCUGGAUGGCUCCGGGCUGUGCGGCUAUAAAGCGCGGGAGACCCAGUCGAAUUCGACGAGUGACAACUCGACUAACUCUGACAAGGACAAAGACGAUAAGAAUCUGGGCAGCGUUGCUGCCAUCCCAUACCCUAUGCUGCUUUCAGGGGCUGUGCUAGCCGCUAUUAUUAGCUGGGUGUUCUAG